CUCUCAGGUCAGGCACUCCAGCGGCCCUCUCCCAGAUGGCGCCCAGUUCGGACAAGCCCACAAUCGUGUGCGACGGGGCGGGGAAAGUCGUCGGCGUGAACGACGCCUGGAGCGCGCUGUGCGGCUACACCGAGAGCGAGGCGCUGGGCAAGCGCCCGGCCGACCUGCUCCAGUGCGAAACGACGGAGUUUGACGUCGCCGCCGAGUUCACCAAAACCCUGCUGGCGACGGGGCGUUCGGAGGCGAUUUUGACGAACCGGACCAAGGACGGCCGGGUCUUCAAGCACCGCCUCGUCGGCGAGCGCCUCGGCAACCUCCUCAUCGCAGAGGGCACCGUCAUCGUGCCGCCAGCGCCACGCAAGGCGGCAACCCGCAAGGCGACGCGGGCUUCGUCGGCGGACGUUUGGGGGGCGCUGGUCUCCCUCGUGGCCCUACUCGCGGCGUUCGCCGCCGCGUACGACCUCGCCGCCGCUCCGGACGAGCCGCCGCUGCCGCCGGUGGAGUCGCAGGAGCUCGCCGCCGCGAGCCCUCCCCACGCUGAGCUCGUCAGCUUGUGCAAGAGCGUCGCGACCGGCGGCUUCAUCGCGGGCACAAAGGCUGGCGCCGCCGCAAAGCUGGCGUGGAAAGCUGUCGCGGAGUCGCAGGAGCUCGCCGCCGCGAGCCCUCCCCACGCUGAGCUCGUCAGCUUGUGCAAGAGCGUCGCGACCGGCGGCUUCAUCGCGGGCACAAAGGCUGGCGCCGCCGCAAAGCUGGCGUGGAAAGCUGUCGCGGAGUCGCAGGAUCUCGCCGCCGCGAGCGCUCCCCAUGCCGAUCUUGUUGGCGUGUGCAAGAGCGUCGCGACCGGCGGCUUCAUCGCGGGCACAAAGGCUGGCGCCGCCGCAAAGCUGGCGUGGAAAGCUGUCGCGGAGUCGCAGGAUCUCGCCGCCGCGAGCGCUCCCCAUGCCGAUCUUGUUAGCGUGUGCAAGAGCGUCGCGACCGGCGGCUUCAUCGCGGGCGAGGCCACCUCGAGGAGCGUGGCCCAGGGCCUCACCAAGGCGGGCGCCGCCGCAAAGACGGCGUGGGAAACGGUCGCACCGAAGGGCGCAUUCUUCGGCCUCGCCGCGAUGGGGAACCUCGACCUCUUCCUGGUGGGCGGGGCUGUUUCCGCGUUGUCGGGCAUGUGACUGGCUAAGUGACGGGACGAACAGCAUGUGACGGGACGGAGCUCGACGCGACUGAGUCUUGGGAAACGAGGAGUUGGGAUACAGUAUCGGAGUAUGUGGGGAGGGGAGGGUCAAGGAGUUGGCCAGCUGUGUCGAAUGUGUGGCUCCUCUCUCAAUCGCCAUCGCCGUGCGCUAGACUUGUUUGGCCUUUCUGGUUUCUCUACUCUUCUGAGAUUUUUGCGUGUGUUCUUACUUACCGCAUGUAGCCGG